AUGUCACACCAUUUCGGGACUAUUGGAGUCGUUGGUACUGGGGUAAUCGGUGCUAGCUGGACCGCCCUGUUUCUUGCAAGGGGGUUGAAGGUCAUCGUCUCAGACCCAGCUCCGGGGGCCAGCGAGAAGCUCGCCGCAUUCCUCGAGAAAGAAUGGCCUACCAUGGAGAAGCUAGGCCUCAGUGAGGGUGCUUCUUUGGAAAACUAUAAGUUUGUGCCAUCAAUUGACCCUUAUCUUGAGGAGAUUGACAUCCUACAAGAGAACGCACCUGAACGGCUGGAGUUUAAACGUCAACUGUUUGCCCACCUUGAUGCCAAUACACCCAAGGAGACGCUACUUCUCUCGUCUUCCUCCGGUCUCCCUGCCUCCAAAUUUGUGACCGAUUGCAAGAACAAUCCGUCAAGGAUCCUCAUUGGUCAUCCUUUUAACCCUCCCCACUUGGUGCCUCUGGUGGAAGUUGUGCCUCACCCCGCAACUGGUGAUGCUUAUGCGGCGAAGGCUAUGGAGUUCUACAAAUUCCUCGGCAAGAGCCCAGUUCUCGUCAAGAAAGAGACACCCGGCUUUAUUGCCAACAGGCUACAAGCUGCUUUGUGCAAAGAAGCAUACAGCCUGGUCGAAAGAGGAAUCAUUUCAGCCAGUGACUUGGACACUACUGUCACAUCCGGAGUUGGUCUUCGAUGGGCGUUGACAGGACCUUUCAUGACCAAUACGCUCGGCGGAGGAGGAAGCUUCAAGCACUUCAUGGACCACCUCGGGCCAGCGUUGCAAUCGUGGGAUGGAGAUAUGCAGGAAAAUGCAUUCGACUUUUCGAGCGAGAAGUUCGAAUCCCUCGGUGCAAGUGUGCAAGAGUGGAUGGACAAGGUUGAUGUCGAUGCGGUGGCGAAGGAACGAGAUGACUUCUUGCUCCAGUUUAUCGAGGCUAAGUCUAAGGCUACAACUCUGAAAUAG